AUGAAGAAAGAGGAGAGUGAUCAAAGACUCAGUCAGAAGAACAACAUCAUGAUCGUUUUUCUCUGGAUAAGCUUCAAUCUUAUUCUGGUUUCAGGUAAUGGAAUAAUGACUCUCUUCACAUAUUUGUUCUUUGUACUUGUGGAGUUAGUUUGGUUUUAAAAGGUUUGUUUACAUUUUUUGAGCUUGGUUUUUGUCAGUGAUUAUAUAUUGUUGCCGUUUCUGCAGGUUCCUCUGACGGAAAAGAAGUCAUCCAGAAGCCAGAGGGAAUUUUCAGCAAACUGGGACCAUCAGUCAAAUUAACCUGCAGACAUGAAAUUGAUACCUACAACCAGAUCUACUGGUACAAGCAGGUGAAGAGUAAAGAGAUGCAGUUCCUUGGGAACAUGGUUGGAAGUAGUGCUAAACCUGAGGAUGAAACAGUGAAGAUCGAGGGGAACGCAAAUGCAAAUAAAAACUGCACAUUGACAAUUUUAGCGGUUGACCUGAACAGCAGUGCAGUGUAUUUCUGUGCUGCUAGUACACAAUGCUUCAUAUCUUUGCUUCUCAAUACAAAAACCCUCUGA